AUGGCUGCCGAUGUCGCUCCCCAGUUUGGAGCAGAGCUAAAGGAUUCCUUCAAACCGGUCAACAAUUGGGUCUCAAACGGUAUAUCGUGGGUGGACGAAAUUCACCAAUUCUAUCGCGAGCGCAGUGUCAUUGAAAAGGAAUAUGCCGCCAAGUUAACCGCCUUAUGCAAGAAAUACUACGAUCGCAAGUCGAAGAAGAUUAGCCCCUUGAGUGUCGGCGACAACCCUACCCUGACCCCCGGAUCCCUUGAAAGCGCCUCCUUGACAACUUGGACGACACAAUUGAAUGCAGUGGAAUCGCACGCUGCCGAGCGAGACAGGUUUGGCUCGGACUUGUUGGUGCAAGUAGCCGACCCGCUUAAAAAUGCCGCAGCUCAGUAUGAAGAGAUUCGCAAGUGCCAUGUCGACUACCAUGCCAAAUUGGAGAAAGAGCGAGAGGCGGCAUAUGGAGAUCUUAAGAAAGCCAAGGGAAAAUAUGAUGGCGCAUGUCAGGAAGUCGAAUCACGCAGAAAGAAAAUGGAGUCGUCAUUUGAUCACGGAAAGAACAAGGCGCAAACUGCAUACCAACAACAAAUCUUGGAGAUGAACAAUUAUAAGAACCUCUACCUCAUUAGCAUCAACGUGACCAAUAAGCUGAAGGGGAAGUUCUACCAUGAAUAUGUGCCUGAGAUUCUUGAUGGAUUAGAAAGCCUCAACGAGACCCGAGUCGCAAAGAUGAAUACAAUGUGGACACUUGCAGCUCAACUGGAAAAGUCAUGCUUGGGAAAUAGUACUCAACACAUGUCAAAUCUACUCGUCGAAAUCCCACGCAAUAACCCCCGACUGGACUCUCUCAUGUUCCUCCAGCACAAUGUGACGCAAUUGCAGGAACCUGCAAACCUCGGCUUCGAGCCUAGCCCGGUAUGGCAUGAUGAUGCUUCGAUCGUUACAGAUGAUGCAGCAAAGGUCUUUUUGCGUAAUGUUCUGGGUAAGAGCAAGGGUCAGGUUCGUGACUUACGAGUCGAGGCAGACAAGAAGAAGCGAGAAGUCGAAGCUAGCCAGAAGGUUCGGGAAGCCAUUCAAAGUGGCAAGGACAAUCGAAACGAACUAGAUGUCGUGCGCUCUAUCUUCUAUUUGCAAGAAGCUUUGCAUGAGGUUGAUAGGAAAUGGGUGACAGCUGAAGUUGAAACCGCAACUAUCAUGGCAGUGGCCGGAGAUCUGUCGUUCGGAGCCCAGAACCAUAAUUUCCGCUCACAAACAUUCAAAAUUCCGACAAAUUGUGACCUUUGCGGUGAGCGAAUCUGGGGACUUUCGGCCAAGGGCUUUGAUUGCCGCGACUGCGGAUACACCUGCCACAGCAAGUGUCAAAUGAAGGUGCCAGCUGAGUGUCCGGGCGAGCAAUCAAAGGAAGACAAGAAGAAGCUGAAGGCUACGCGACAAGAACAAGCCGGUGCCGUGCCUACAAUUGAUAUCGACUCACCCGCUACCUCCUCUCGUCGCGCGUCACUAACCCGACAAAAUACAAUGAACUCCCUGAGCUCUGGAUACGCGGCCAGUACAACUCGGUCAACGUCCAAUGUGGCCGCUCAUCCUACUCCGGAAAAUCCGGAAGAAGAAGCUGCUCCUACUCCAGUCGCGGAUACUAAGCCGGCUGCUGCCAAGAGGCACCGUGUUCUUGCGCCUCCGCCGACGGCAUACACCAGUGCACCUCCCCCAAUUGAGUCAAGUUCAAAGCCUAAAGAGCCAAACGGCAAGAUGCUAUACGCUUAUCAAGCCACCGGCCCAGAUGAGGUCACCGUAGAAGACGGCGAUGAUGUUGUGAUUGUUCAACCAGAUGAUGGAUCUGGAUGGAUGCGUGUUCGGGCCAAAGGAAACGAAGGUCUCGUACCGACUGCAUAUGUAGAAGCCGCUCCAACUCCCUCGCCUGUUCCAUCUGCCAGUACUGGCAUGACAGACCGACCAGGCUCCGUCUACUCUAAUUCCUCCGCCUCGUUAGCAGGCAGCGCGGCACAAAAGCGUGUUGGUCCCGCGGUGGCACCGAGAAGAGGCGCUAAGAAAUUGCAAUAUGUUGAGGCGUUGUAUGAAUAUGAAGCCCGCAGCGAUGUGGAGUGGAACAUGGCCGAGGGUGAUCGCUUUGUUCUCAUCAACAAGGACAGCGGCGAUGGCUGGGCCGAUGUUGAACGUGGCGGUGUUACCAAGAGUGUUCCGGCCAACUACAUCCAGGAGGUGUAG